AUGGCUACUGAAGAACCCAUAAUAAGAGAUAAUGUUAGCGACUUCAGUGAUGACGAGCAACAACAUGAUUUUGACGAACAUGGUGAACCAAGCAAUCAAAUGAAAACAGAUCCGGGUAUCGAAAUCAAAUCCUUGAUUGCAGACAUGCAUCAACGGUUUGGUAACACUGUUUCAUACAAAAAAGCAUGGAUAGCUAAACAAAAAGCUCUUGAAAUGACAUUUGGAAGUUGGGAACAAUCAUACAGUUACCUGCCUAUAUGGUUUACAACUGCUCAACACUUUAUACCAAGUACCAUAGUAAAGUACAAAACUUUAUCUUCAAUGGAGGAAGGUGACGAUGACCCUCCUAGGGUGAUUCUUAAUCAUGUAUUUUGGGCAUUUAAUCCAUGCAUUGAAGGCUUCAAAUAUUGCAAGCCACUUGUGCAAGUAGAUGGGACAUUUUUAACUGGAAAAUACCAUGGUACUUUAUUGAUUGUCAUUGAACAAGAUGGUAGUAGGAACAAUUUUCCACUUGCUUUUGCAAUUGUUGAGAGCGAGACUAAAGAAGCUUGGAUGUGGUUCUUGCAUUAUUUGCAAAGAUAUGUUACUCCACAACCAAAUUUGUGUAUUAUAUCAGACAGGGGAACCGAUUUGCUAGCAGCUUUACAAUCCGAACGCGUUGGCUGA